AUGAUUUGCUAUAGACUGACUGCGAAUUUUUUUCAAAAUACUUGCCGCAACUGUGCGUCGCCGCUGCGCCGACGGAACGUUGACUGCGUCAUAGUAACGCUGCAGCGCCCGUGUGGCCGGCUAUGCGUCAAAAUAUUUGCGUUGCGACGACGCAACGCAACGCAACGCGCCGUGUGGACACGCUCUAAGGCGUCUGCAGUUCUAGACGUGCGCGUCUACGGUGGUCGCACCGAGGAUUUGUCGUUUCUCACACAAAGUGGUGCGAGUGUAUACAAAGUGAGCAUUGUAUCGGGCGGGGUGCCAGUGGCUGACUCAUGGGGCAAUCGCAGCAGCGAAGUCCGCUCCGCUUCGAGUGAUUCCGAAGGUCUCUCCCGUCAGCUGGCGUUGUCUGACGUAUUUCCUUCGGGUUGGGAGCGGGGAUAUGCUCUGGCUCUGGAGACUGAAGUCACGGUAUACGACUAUCGAGAUGGACGGUUCUUUAGCACUUUCGUGCUGCCUAUUCCGGAAGCCUGGUGCGGUUCCUACACCGCGAAGGGUUAUGUGGAAGUUGCGGCGGAUUGGUUAACGCCUCUGACUUGUGGGUCAGAUGCUGAAAUUGUAUCAAAAUAUAGCUAU